AUGGCAUCCCGCAGCGGCUCAGAGGAGAAGAAGCCACGGCGCCAGCAGCAGACAUACGAGUCUGAAGGCGAAGAAUCCGAAGAGUACCAGUCCCCGCCGCCCCGGAGGAAGCGCAACCAGCGUCAGAAGAAAGGCGGCCAAGGGCCCCUCGACAACCUUGCCCUCGACAAUGUUCAGAACACAGCAGGCGGCCUCGUCAACUCAGCAACGGGCGCACUAGGCGGCGUGGCGGGUAACGCCGUUCAAAACCAAGGGGGCGGAGACGGCGGCGGCAAGAGUGAUACUCUGAGACUCAGGUUGGACCUCAACCUCGACAUCGAGAUCACUCUCAAGGCUAAGAUCCAUGGUGAUCUGGAGCUUGCUCUCUUUCUUUAG